AUGACAAAAGCAAACCUUCUAUCCCCGCCCUCCCAGAUCCCACCACAAACCGCACUCGCACUCUCCCAAAAGGCUCCCCUCAUACUCGCAUCCGCACCCACCUCAUCAUUGCCAUGGCCAUUCUCCCUGCUCUUCUCACGUGAGACUCCUGAAUCAUGGACCAUCCACGAAAACCUCUUCUACGCCACCCUACGCACUGGCGACGAGGCUUCUGCGCGCGCUAUCCUCACUCGCCUCGAGGACCGUUUCGGCGAGCACAACGAGCGCAUCAUCACACUUCGCGGCAUCUACAACGAGGCCACUGCACGGUCAAACAAUGAUCUGGAAAAAGUGUUUCACGGCUACGAGAAGAUAUUGAGAGAAGACCCAACCAACAUGCACAUCAGAAAGAGGAGGGUGGCAGUGCUGAAGGCGUUGGGAAGGCACCAGGAUGCCAUCACAGCCGUCACCACAUUAUUAGAAAACAGUCCAACAGAUGCUGAGGCUUGGGCAGAGGCCAGCGAGUUGUACGCGGGCCAGCAGGCAUGGGGACAGGCAAUAUACUGCGCUGAAGAGGUGUUGCUCAUCACACCGAACGCAUGGAGCGCACAUGCGCAUGUCGCAACCCUGCACUACCUCUCCACAGCCUCCUCCACACCACGCAGUCUUUCCGCCCUUGCCCUGUCACUAAAGCACUUCUGCCGCUCAAUCGAGCUAAACGACUCCUACAUUCGUGGAUUCUAUGGUCUUAAGCUUGUGAGCUCGAAGAUUAACACUGCACUAUCAGAGCCAAGCUCUACAUCACACAAUAAGCGCAAUGCACAACAACAAGACGAUGAUGAUAUACCCAUUCCCAGCCUAGCGACUGUGAAGAAGCUUGAAGAGAUCGCCACCAAAAAGCUUGCAGAGAUUGUAAGGCAGUACAAGUCAGGGAGCAAGGGUUGGACGGGCUAUGAAGAGGCAGAGAUCAUUGCGGCGAGGGAACUGCUGGAUCGGGAUGGCAAGGUAGAGCGCUAA